AUGGAGAGGUCAAGCUUGUUCGUGGUAUUCCUUCUCUGCCUAGCAGCUGCUGCCAUGGCCCAAAACUGUGGCCGGCAAGCUGGAGGCCGGACUUGCGCUAACAAUCUUUGCUGUAGCCAAUGGGGCUUUUGUGGAACAACUGAUGAUCACUGUUCACCUUCCAAAAAUUGUCAAAGCAACUGUAGGCCUGGUGGCAGUGCCCCCGGCAGUAGUGGAGGUGGUGAAAGUGCUUCCAAUGUGAGAGCUACAUACCACUUCUACAAUCCUGAGCAAAAUGGAUGGAAUUUGAAUGCCGUAAGUGCUUAUUGUUCUACAUGGGAUGCUAAUAAGCCAUUGGAAUGGCGUAGACAAUAUGGUUGGACCGCUUUUUGUGGACCGGUUGGACCCCGAGGACAAGCUUCUUGCGGCAGGUGCUUGAGGGUGACAAAUACCGGAACAGGAGCUCAAACAACUGUGAGGAUUGUUGACCAAUGCAGCAAUGGAGGUCUGGAUUUGGAUGCUGGAGUAUUCCGGCAAAUAGAUACUGAUGGAAGAGGCAAUGCUCAAGGCCACCUUAUUGAAGAAAUUGAGGAUAUGAACAACAGUAAAAGUGGGAUAAUGAAGUGA